UCAGUGAGGUCAGCAGCCUCGACAUACCGCUCUCGCGUUGAUACGUACUCUCGUAUUUUCCGUGGAAAACAUCUUUUCUUUCGCUCCCGUUCGCUUACGUCGCGAUCGCGCCGCGUUUGCCUCGCUGUCACUUUCGAGUGACGUGUGAUCUCCUGUCAUCGUCGUUCCUCGAAACGGCUGAUUCGGCCGACGUUGCUCGCUAACUCCUCGCAGCGAGGAAUACCGAAGCAAGGUAUGUAGAAGGAAGAUCUUGCUGGAAAACGAAUUUUUCUUUCCCGCAACGUUCGUUUUCGCCCGCGUAGUUUUCCGCGUCGCAUCUCUCGUCAGCCUUGACGCCGGCUCGUCCGGAUUAAAUAAUAGAGGUUAGGUGCGCGCGCUACGAUACGUCGCACCCGUCCGUGAGAUGCUCCCGCAACGAUCGAGCGUAAUAAAAUCGCGUCGGGAUAUUGAGUCGGGCUUUCUUCUCGCCGAACUUUCCCAUCUCGCCUCUCAAUAUCGUGAAAAAAUCGAGUGAGACGAAUGUGACAAACUUCACGCUGAAAGAGACGAUCGAACGGAUUAUUUUGGCAGAGGAGCCACGAAUUCUUCGCCAAGAUCUUCGCGAGAAAGUGGUUGGAUUAAAUACUGAAAAGCGUAAGAAGCGGCUGGCAAUCUUGCAGAGAAACAAACCACAAAGAGCGCAAUUGAAAGAAAAAAAAUCAGUGAAAGAUAUAGGAAAACAUAUCUUCCACUCCACGCAACAUGCCCAUGAAAACAACAUAAGUUUUCCUAAUAUGCUAAGAAAGAGCAUAUUGUCCAAAUUGAUUGAGAUUAAGAUGUUGGGAAACUGAUUUCUGGAAAUAUCUAAUAAUAAUGGCGGAAAACACUACAGAGGACACCAAACUCUCAGUGAAUAAAAACGAUAUGUCUGAGACUCCUCCAGCAACUUCUGCCAAUGAAGCAGUUUCCUCUGAUGGAGAGAAGGGUGAACUUGACAAAGCUUCUACUUCUAAAGAAGAUGCAGAUGUAAAAAAUGAGACAAUUGCGACAGAUACAGAUUUGCUUGAUAAAGAGAAACAAAAUACUUUUAAAACUGAUUGCAAUGGAGAUUCUGCAAAGGAGGAAACGAAAUCCGGAAACAUGUCUUCUGAGAAGAUUGAAGAAAUCAAAGAGAAUCUCGAGGAAUUUUCUUCUACAGAAGCAAGAUCUGAUAAUCAAGAAGUUAAGAAAUGUCUCCUAAACGUAGACAAGAAACUGAACGAGAUCUUAAAAGUCGUUCACGGAGAUUUGCAGAUGGAAAUGCUCCAGAAGGUUACUGGCGCCUCUACAACUGCAAAAGACAACGACGAAGAGAGCAAUGAAAAAGAUCAGCAGACGGUAAGAAAGGAAGAAAUUACUCCGGAAGACAAUGCAGUGGAUAGCUCGAAGAAAUAUACUGCUUCUUUAAAAAGUACGGAAAGCGAGAGGGAUUCGAGAAGUUUCUCGAUGAGGGCAGAAGAGAAAUCAGAGAUAGGAAUUGUUGGUUCUCCGACCACGAUCAGCGAGCUUAUUAAUGAAGAAGAGCUUAGAGGCGACUCUGCAUUAUCCGUCGAUCAAAAGGACCAUAUAGUAGAAUGGGUCGAGAAUUCGGUGAAGGUAAAUGCCGACGAGGAAAAUAACAUUGCUGAGGAAUGUCAACCAGAGAUGUACGAAAAGGAUACGAUGGAGACAACGAAACAACAGAAGCUUAAUGACAUCUAUGUCAUAUCAUCCAAAAAAUCGCAGAAGAUUGUCAGCAACAUCAUAAAGAAGAGCAUCAAGUGUUUGAACAGGAUGCACGCGAUGGAGGGCGCGGCCGAAGGCAGGCGAAGGCAAGUGGACACCGCGGAGGAUGACAAGACGCCAAAGUCGUCAUCGUCGUCGGAGAUACCCCAGAGUCAACAGAACGGCGCCGCUCUUCCGGAAGAGACGGCCGCGGCACCGGCAGCGACUGUGAGUCGCGUUCGCACCAAGAGGAAGGCGGAAUCGCCCGACGUCGAGACGCCGGAGACGAAGAGCGGGCAGUUGCUGGCGGGCACGUCGCGACAGAAGGUGGCUGUUGCGAGCGGCAGCAACGUUACGCAACGUCACGCCAAAGUUGAGUCUGUCGAGAGUAAGAAGCGGAAAUCCACCAACGGACAGCUGUCUGUGAAUCCCAGGAAAAAAUUUUGCAACGAGGACGAACGGGAAGAGUACAUCUCGCAAAUUGUCGGCAACGACAACGAGACAGUCAACGUACUUAUGGUGAAGGCUGAUCGACUGCGAGCUGAUAUCGCGGCUCUCGAGAAUUUAGCGCAUGCCAAAGAAAUGGAAUGGAACGAGAUUCUGAGAAAGAGGAAGCUAAAGGAGGAGGCAUAUGCGAGGCUCGAAAGGAAGAUACAGAUGACAGCUUACAUGGAGAGCGACAGCCAGUUACCGGAUCCCUUGCCCCUUGCUACAUCAUCUUUGGAGUCCGCCGAGUGGGACAAUAGCGACAAUACGAUAUCUCGAGAGAAAUCGUUUGACUCGAAGGAGGAUCUAGCCGGGGAAAGAUCUUUGGACUCAUUAAAAAGGGAGAAAGCCGCGAAGGUUAGCCCGCAACAACGGAUAAUUCCCCCGAAAACUAAUGGGGAAAGCAAUCGUAAACGAAAUCAAGCGUCGAGCCCAGAAAGCCGGCAAAUUGGAGAAGGUCGGCAAGGUGCAAUAGUAGAUGUCAGAUCUAUUAUCGCUGAUCACAGACUCAAGCAUCCAGAAACCGUACCAAGGAGAGGACGAAGGAUGAGGAAUUCAGUGAAUGUCGGGCUCGGAGCUGGUGGCGCCAUGGUCGAAACGGGACACAAUACCGACUCGAGACCAUCUAGCACGGAAUCGUGCAAAAGCAACCCAAGCACGAAUGAUUCUAUGAACUACAAAGAUAUACUAGUGCAAUUUGCCAAGAUGAGCCAACAAGGUGAAGGUGCUGCAGCUAAGAUACCGCAGAAUUAUCCGGACGUGACGCUUCAUCCUGUAGCGAUACCCUCAUCCGCGGCCCAGAAUACAGCAUCUCAACCGACUGGUUCGUUGCUUCAUGGGAUUCUAACGAAAGCGCAAUCGCCAAGAUCUACCACUUUUUCACCUACUUUAGCGAGAUUACUCACCGCGCCUGAAAGAGAAAGGAAUUCUCCGGCGGCAGCGGCAGCGGCGGCGGUGGCGUCUAUGUCGCAGCAGAGCGCCACGACCCAACACUUUUCGCAGACGUAUCAAGGCUCUAAUCUGGUUUCUAUAAACGAUAUCCUGUCUUCUUCCAAGGCUCGCACAGAGAUAACUAUAACCCCCGUCGUCAAUUCUUCUGCGCAAUCUCACUCCAAUGAUUUAAUACAAGUGGAAGACGUAGAGGAAGAAACAACAGUAAUCGAUGAUAGAAAAGGAAGUUCCACAAGCGGAAGGGACGGUAAACAAGUGGCAAAGGACAAUCCGCCUUCACCAAGCGCUCCACCAAAGUGUCAAGGAUGCAUGAUUCGUCCUGCACAAUUCGUUUGCGCUGGAUGCGGAAAUCAGUGGUAUUGCAGUCGCACAUGUCAGCUUGCCGCAUGGGCAACGCAUUCCGAGUAUUGUUCGGAUUACCCGCUCGAGUCCGAAAACAGCAAGAUCAAGCCCAACGUUUAACACUCGACGUCCCUACAGACUUGGUGUAUACAAUGGCAUCAGGCGAGAGAUAUUUGUAUAAAAUUGAAUCUAGUCAAGAAAGAGGAAGCUCAAGGAUAUAUUGAGCAAGAUGUUUAAAGAAGAAAAAACGAGGGAUUUGAAGAAAGAUCAAUGAUGUUGAUCUAAUAUGAGAAAGAUUUUUGUCGAGGCAAACGGACGAUGUUGCCCUAUUGAAUAGAAAGAAGCAUUUAUUGACGCUUUAGAACCCCUCCUCUCCCUCUCAAAGAAAAUUCUAUCUUCUCCUCUUUACAGAGCAAAGUAGUUUCCUACAUUUGUCAGAAUUUUAAACUAACUUCUCUUAAUGACCAAAAUUAAUGAAACAUUCGAUGCCAUUGGUUAUAAGUGUUAUAUAUAAUUUUUUAGACUUCUUAUAUAUGGAUGUGUGUGUACAUAUGUACAUGAUGUGCCAUCUAAAGUGGUCAUUUUAUCUUUUAAAUAUUUAAACUAAAAAAAUAGACCAUAACAAAUAUAUAUUAAAUUAAAUGAUUCAAGUUGAACUCCAUUGUGAGUAUAAUAAUUGCUUAUAAAAGCUAUAUGUAUUAACAAUCGGAGAGAUAUGCAUAAUUUUUUAUAAUGUGGAUAUUUCGACAAUAAAAGUCACAGCGCUAUUUGAAACGAAUACAACGAUGUAAAUGCAUUAGAGAUUGACAUAUAUCAUGUCAUUUGAUCACAAUACUCAAGUCAGAAAUUGGCUAUAUCGCAGGGCCAAAAAUUAAAAGAUAAACGUCGCUCGCGAUAUUUUAAGCCGAUAAAACUUGUUUAUGUAAAGUAUUUACGUUAAAUCAUCGUUGUAUUCGUUUCAAAUAGUGCUAUAACUUUCAUUGUACCGAAAUACAUCUACAUUGUUAUAAAAAAAAUAUGCAUAUCUUUCCGUUCGUUAUAAGCAACUUUGCGUUAAAUAGCUUUUGUAAACUAUAACCAUUUAAUUUGAUAUAUAUUUGUUAUAAUUAAUCCCUUUUAGCUGAAAAGAUAAAAAGGGAUGACCACUUUUGGUGGAAUAUCCUGUAUAUAUAUAUACGCGCUAGUCGAAGAUUUUGAGUUCUUGAGAAAUGAAUAUAAAAAGGAAUGAAAAACAAUCCCGAGGCAUAAAAGUAAAGCACAAUAGUAAGAGUAUCGCGAUGCUGUACAUAAUUUUAUACGAUUUAACAGAGUUGUUCAGCGUCGGAAUUUAGAAUGUCGGUUAAUAAUCGCGUGCCAUGCGUAAGAUCAGGGGCGGAUUAAGAUAAAUUAGAACAAGAUAUUGAGAAAAAUUUUCUCCAAUUUUUUAUUUAACACUCCCUUGUAUCGAAUGAAAUGCCUGGUUUUAUAAUUGGAAUAUAUUUGUAACGAAAUACACAUUGAUUACGUUUAUUAAGAUAAAAUAUUUCCAGUAUAUAUGUCAAUUGUUCCAAUUUUUAUAUCGUAUGUAUUGAAAAACAUAUACAUUUUUUUUUUAAAUCUUGCUUAGACACUUAAGUUAGAGAGAUAACUGUUUUCUUUUUUUAUAAUGGUGGAUUAUAUUUUGUUUUUUUAUUUUUCUUUUUUCUCUUUCUCUCUUUUCUUUUCUCUCUUUUUCUCUUUUCUUUGUUUUAUGUUAUAAGGACAUAGAAAUGAUUGGAUAGAACAUUUACCAAGAAAUAUAUGGAUUUACAAAGUACAUUGUGUUUGGUACUCAUAACAUGUAUUAUUCACAGGGACAAUGUGCAUUUUGUUAUAAAAAAAAUUAAUAAUCACUUUUUAUUCGAUACAUUGAAAGAGUAAAAAUGAGGUAUUUAAUCUCUCUUUCCCUCUCUUUGAUUUGAAUCCUUAAAAAAAUCUAUCUUUCUUAAAACUUAUUUUACACUCUAAUUAUAUUUCUUAUCAUCCAAUUUCUUAUCACCUAUGAUUUAUAUAAUAUAUUGACUUUUGUAUAUGAAACACAGGCUGCACAGAAGCACAAGUCAGAUCUUGUAUAUUGAUCAUUUAUGUGUAAAAACCUAUGUAACAUGCAAUAUUUUAUAUUACUUUGUUACCAACGCAUACGUAAUAUUUAGAUUUAACAAAAUAUUAGUUUUAGUGUACAAAUAAGAUUCUUUUUUUAUUUUGUUGGUGACAUAUUUGCAUGUUUUAAUUCUUUUUUUAAAAUUAAUAUGUUAUCUUAAACGACGAUUAUCCUUGACAUAAUCUGUAGCCCAAAGUUCCUACAGGUACAUGCGAUAUAUAUAUAUAUAUAUAUAUAUAUAUAUAUAUAUAUAUAUAUAUAUAUAUACAUACAUAUAUAUACAUACAUACAUAUAUAUACAUACAUAUAUAUAUAUAUAUAUAUAUAUACACACACACACACACACAUACACACAUAUACAUAUAUAUAUUUUUCCCAAUUACAAAA